AUGUUCCCUAUACACCAAAUAUCUGUCAAAGACUUUGCAGGUGAAGUUGGAAACCAAAAUCCAGGAGCCGCAGGUGCAAGAACAGAUAUUGCUUUAACAACUGCAAUGAAACAUGCAGAUACUAUGUUUGUACUGUUCAGACGAACUAUAAAUGACUAUUCUUGUUUCUACAACCCUGGUAUUAAAUAUCAUAUAAACAUAGAUGGCAAAUAUUAUCCAAGAGAAGAAUAUUCUACAGUUGAGGAUAUGAGGUCAUACAACUUGACAUUAGAUGCUAUGAACUUUAACAACAACUUCACAACAACUAUUAACCCUGAAAUGCAAAGUUCUAUUAUGCCAUAUGUGAAAGUAUGGACUCAUACAGGAGGUCAAAAAACUCAAUAUACAAAUGGAGACCGUUCAAACUUUUGGCUUGGCAUUCCAUUUGCUGACUCAGAAGACUUUAUGGGUGGUAUUUCAACUGUUGGUACAGUUCAAAUACAAUAUACUGGUGAGCAAAGAAGUUUACAAAACCAAUAG